CAUAUUUACGAGAUAUUUUGUAGGCAUGCUUGUGUGCGUACACCAUACUGAUUUAUGGUGAGAAAGAGUCACAAUACAACUAGUAGUGUGUGAAAGCAGAACAAUACAACUAGUAGUGCGUGAAAGCAGAGCGCCCACAGGACCUACCAAAAGACAAUGGGACUUUUUUUUCUUUUUUUUUUUUGGUAAAAAACAAAUAUCAAUCAACAUACAUUAAAUGAAUGAACUUGAUGCAUGGGAUAUUGGAUAUGUACGACAUGACGGCUAUGAGCUUCUCCGUUUACGAGUUUCCUUCAAAGAAAACGACAACAUCUGCCAAAGCCAAUCCAAAAUAUCUAUCUCGGUAUUCUCGGCUGACAGUUCCUAAUCUUGGCAUUCUCUGCUGCUUCAACUUGACCCACCUUCGUUUCUGAAACUUGGGUACGAAGUAAAUAAAAUAAGGUACAAUUAACCAGAACCUCUUCGCAUGACCUACUUGCCAACCCAACCUUUAUAAAACCUGGGACUCUGGGUUUUGUCCAUUCACACUCACACACACACAUAUGUAUAUAUAUAACACAAAAGUAGUAGGUCUGUUUUGUAUUAGCUGCUACAGAGGUAGCCAUGACAGACAACAUUUUUGAUGAGCACGAGAGUUUCCACAAUUUCUUUGAGUGCUGGCUUUCUGAACAAAACCAACAUCUCCAAGACCUCAUCAUUGCCUCCGAAAACAACCAAACCACCAGAAACAACCUCUAUAAUGGUAACACCACCACUACUGCUGCAGCUAAUACUAAUACAAGUUUAAGAACACUGGUAGAGCGUGUGGUGAAGCAUUAUGAGCAAUACUAUGAGGCCAAGUCCAGAUGGGUCAAGCAAGACGUUCUCCGGAUGCUUUCGCCCUCCUGGACAACCUCCCUAGAGGAUGCCUUCCUUUGGAUUGGUGGGUGGCGACCAAGCAUGGCUUUUCAUCUCUUUUACUCCAAGUCCGGCUUGCAACUCGAGGCUCGACUCACAGAGUUGAUUGAAGGUCUUGGUACAGGUGACUUGGCGGAUAUCUCACAGCAUCAGCUCAUGCAGGUGGACCAUUUGCAGAGGAGGACUGUUAAGGAGGAGAGGGACAUCACGGAGAAAAUGGCCAAACAGCAGGAGUCGGUGGCAGACACGUCAAUGGUCGAGUUGGCACACAUGACUACCGAGUUGAUGAGCACUAAUGGUGGUCAUGAGCAUGAAGCUGAAGAGGACCGAGUUGAGUGUGUCGUGGCAUCCAAGGAGCAAUGUUUGGAGGAGAUUUUGCAGAGGGCUGACAGUCUACGGCUAAAAACGCUUAAAGCCAUCACACACAUUCUGACUCCAAUCCAGGCUGUCCAUUUCUUGAUUGCUGCUGCUGAGUUGCACUUGAGGCUUCAUGACUGGGGCAAAAAGGAGGACGCCAGAAGCCGUGGCAAUUCAUCUUAGCCUAUGAUCCAUCAAAAGUUGGAGUCUAGUACCUACGGGGAAUGAACAAUUGACGCAACCGACUGGGUGACCAGAGCCCCUUCAUCGAUCGGGUGUCAUGGACUCAUCUGCCCCAUCUUCGUUAUUCCGAGUUCUUCUGAUAGAGACCUUUAUUUUGCUUUUAUUUUCGGUUUAUGUUUCCUUUCUACUUUAUGUUCAAUUUACUUUGAGAAUAAUUUCAGCACUGCCUAUUCCUUGGUUGUUGUUCCUGAAAUGAAACCAUUUGAAAGUCUAAUCAUAAUAUCUGACUCCAAUUAUUUUAAAAUCAAUUCCAGUCUUGUUCAUCCACAGUUGCAACCUGAUAAUUGC